AUGGGCUCGAGCGCGUCAAAACCGGCCGACUCCCACGUGUGGAGGGGGUACGUUCAAACCGGGGUGUCACAAAACCUCCUUGAGUCCAUUGAGGCUAGCAACGAGACCGACGUCUCCCGCAUCCAGUCGCUCGAGCUCCACAUCCAAGAACGUGUCACCGCCGAGCUGAAACGCCUACGCGAACAAGAAGCUCAGGGAGUCCGUGAGGCACAGAAGAAGUUAGCAGCUGAGCCCGCCGAACAACAAGGAAGCGAGGCCGAGGGGAAGCUUAGGGGGGCCAGCCGACAGGAGGUGUCCAAAGUGAUCGAUAAUCUGCGGGCAAAGCUGGAGGAGAGGAAGCAGCCACGGCAGCUGCCCGAAGCCCUUGAAAGCGCACAAAAUGAGGUAGUGCGGUGUCUCCGCGAGAAUGACCGCCGGCCGUUGGACUGCUGGCGCGAGGUGGAGGCGUUCAAGGAGCAGGUCAGGAGGUUGGAGAGGGGCUGGGUCGAUAAAGUUGUGAGCUAG